AUGCCGCAAUUAAUAGAGCAAUGGCGAAUGAAAUCUGCUGAAGGUAUCGCCAUAGGAUUCAUUUCUAUCUGGUUCGUCGGGGACUUGUUCAACUUGAUUGGUGCGCUUUGGGCGGGUUUGUUGUCCGAGGUCAUUUUCCUUGCUGCAUGGUUCUGUAUUGCCGACUUCUUGAUGAUUGCUUCUUUUUUCUAUUAUUCUUAUGUCUAUCCCAAGCACCACAACAAGAAGCACCAUGCGUCACAAGGCUCUAGUGAAACCGAACCCUUGGUGAGAAGAAGAAGAUCAUCUGCCCUCACGGACAUUGCCGUUGAGCCUCAGUACCAUAGCAUUUGGUCCAAGUUUGUUUUGCCCAUUGUUUUUGUUAUUGGAGCCGGCUGUUUGGGUUUUGUUUUUAGCAACCCUGCUUCAGGUGAUCAGGGGGAUGAUGCCCCUCCAUCCGACAUUGCAUUAGGGCCUCAAAUUGUUGGUUAUCUUUCUGCCCUCUUGUACUUGGGAGCCAGAAUUCCACAAAUAAUUCAGAACCACAGAAGAAGAUCUGUUGAUGGCUUGAGCUUGCUUUUUUUUAUGUUCUCCACCUUGGGGAAUGUUACUUAUGCUGGUCAAAUUUUGUUGUACAAGAGCGAUCCGCACUAUAUAUUGCUCAACUUAAGUUGGUUGUUAGGGUCCUUGGGAACCAUUUUCGAGGACUGUAUUAUCUUCAUACAGUUUUACAUCUACAAAGACUCUCAUGCGGCAGUGCAUGAUUCCUGA